AUGGGGGAUGUUUCGCCCACUCCUUACCGGCUCUUGGUGGAAGCCGUCGUAUUCUGGAGUAUAGGGUUUGUUAUUUGGAUCGGGAGACUAAUCUCACGGAUUAUUUCUAAUGGAGGGAUCAAGAAUCUCCAACCGGACGACUACAUUAUGGUCGUCACCUUUGCAUUCUACACAUCGCUCCUGAUCCUCAUCCAAGUUUCGGCUCAAUACGCUACAAACCUUUUCACCCCAGAAGAGCUCCCGGAAAUCAUAGCGAAUCCAGAAGAUGUUGCCAAUCGGAUAUAUGGAAGCAAAAUAGUCAUUGCGCUGGAACAAUGCAUGUUAUUCUCGACCUGGGGGGUAAAGACAUGCUUGAUUACUGUGUAUUGGAAACUCACACAGAGCACCCGCUGGCAUCUCUUUGUCAAGGUCCUUGCUGGGUAUAUCGCGUUAGGACUAAUCAUCAUCGAGAUUACUUAUUUCGCGGUAUACUGUCAACCUUUCUCCCAGUAUUGGGCAGUUCCACCAGAAAACCCCCAGUGUGCAACGUACCAGCAUUACUCCAUCACCCAGGCGGUCUUCAACCUUUCGUCCGAUGCAUGCAUGUUGGUGAUUCCCGUCCCAUUGCUAAAGGGGACGCAAAUGCCCCUCCGAAAGAAAAUCCUCCUGAUGACGGUUUUCGGCCUGGGGAUCUUUGUCAUUAUAGCGGCGAUUUUGAACAAGUACUUCAAUUUUCAUUCUCCACUUACCACCGUCUAUCAGCUCUGGUAUAUUAGAGAAGCGAGCACCGCAAUCUAUAUCGCCAAUCUCAUGUGCUGGUGGCCGCUAGUGCGCAAAAUCUUCGGAAACGCUCUCUCUCAGUCCAAUACCAACUACGCGAACAAAUACGGCCGUCCUUGCGCGCCGUUGGGGGCUCUCCCAGGGGCCGCGGAUUCAUCACACAAGACCAAGCGAUGGUGGUGCCCCAAAACCCGAGAGGGCCCAGCCCACCUGUCGACCUCGACAAGCCAGGAAGCGAUCAACCUAGCUGUUUGCGAAUCUCAGCCCGAGGUCCCAUUGAAGAUUUGGCGCAAUGUGGAGUAUAAUGUGCAAGAGAAUGCGGACGCGAAACGCUAA